AUGAUCUCAACCUUGUGGCUGACGCUCGAUGCGGUCGGCUCGUUUCUGCUCGGUCUCGUCCUCUUCACCGUCCCACAUAUUGCCGGGAAUUUCAUCUUUCAACGGGAAACUGAUGGCGUGCAUUGGCAUUUGAUUCGCUGUGUUGGAGGACAAUUCAUGGCUGCCGCGUUGGCCUCGUAUUUGUUGAAGAACUCGAAUAAGGUCACUCACACCGUGUGCUACAUCAUGAGGAUAGUGGCCUACAUUUUGCUGUUGUUGUCUUUACUUUUGAGACCCGUUCCGUCAAUUCCAAACUCGUCAACCAGCAGG